AUGGCUGUCCAGUACAUUCACAACCGCAAGUACCACCAAGCCCUGAACAACCUUCAGCGGCUCGUGGUUCUCCGUCUCAUGGAGCUUCAUAAGCUCAAUAUCGCACAAACCGGUUACAAGAUGAGAACCCACAUCGCGAAGUCGCUCCAAAACCGAUGCAAGGCGAUUCGAACCGCCAUCAAGGUCUACAACGACACCGCGCACGCGAUCGGGCGCCCCGCUCUCGAGUGGUCCAAGGUCUCGAACCACUCCUUCCUCGAGGAGUUCACCCUCUUGCACGAGACCCGGAACGAUAUCCGCGCGAGGGCCUGGACACAGCCGGUCAUGCGCGAACUCAUGAAGCAGUCGCUGCGGGUGGAACGUGCGGAGGAGGAGAUAUUGCGCUUGAAUGUUGAGGUUCGUCGUCUCCAUACUGCGAUCGUCGACGAAGAGCGGGAGUUUGCCCGGGUUCUCAGGGACCUCCAGCAAGCCGGUAACCCAAUCUAUGGUGCCGUGCUGGAGUCCUGCGAGCACCGGAUGCGUGUCAACGCGUGCGUCAUGCAACGCUUGGAGGACAUCUUCGCCCUUAGCGGCUUCACGGGCUCGUCGGAGGUCGGCGUUCGUCUCGGGUCAGAUGUAGAUUCAUCUACAUCGCCAGCUGCGACGAGCCGUCUGCGUGGCGAAGCGCGUGGCGAAGCAACCCCUGGUGAUGAUGGGGAUGCUCACGAGCCCGACGACGAUCAGCUACAGGAGAUUGGUAACUUGGUGGAUUAUAUCACGGACUUGGAAGUUGGCAGUUAG